AAACUCCUCAGAAGAGGUGCCUAUUAUAAACACUUUCAGUAAUCUGUGAAUAUGCAAAUUAAAUUUACAUACUUUUCAGACAAGACAGGUGCUUGUGAUUCAAUGUUUGUAUUGUUUCUGUCAUGUGAAGCCAAUGAAGCCUUACUCUUUGACAGGUUGUAGCAGGUGAAUAGCUGUCAUUGGCUGGUAAAAUGAUGAAAAAACUCCUAAGCAAUUAAGAGGCAGCCAACUGAAUCUUCCACGAAGUUUUAGAGCUUGAUUGGUUUAUGAAAGGGACAAAAAUUAUUGAAAAUGCCUCCCCUGCUUCCACAGUGGCUGUGCUUCUCAUGCUGAUCUUUAUUCAUGAGCUUUUGGGCUUUUAUGGCUUGAUUAUGGAAGGCCAAGGAGAUUUGUUAUUGGGUCAGGAUAUGCCAAGAUUUCUGAUCUUUGAUCACCUAGGAUAUGCAGGUGGAAUUAUCUCAAAUUUGUCUGAUAUUUGCAAUUGAGAAGAGCUCAAAAACAGAUCAUAUUUCCUCCUUCUUUUUUUGCCUCGGGCAUGAAAUGAAAGUUGGAUUUGAAAGGCUUCCUGUUUGAUCUUCAUUUGGGCAAAUGUACUAUUUUACUUAAAAUGCAUUAUUUAGUAAUUUGAAAGGUGAGAACAAGUGGCCUGGCUGAAGGCCAUGUAUGGUGAAAAUAAUUAAGGCUGAUUGAAAUUCAGAUUAGCUUGACAAUGAAUUACAGUGAAGAUAGAUCAGAUAUUGUGGGGAGAGAACAAAAUGGCUUCCUUUAUCAGGGAAGGCUUAACAUCACAAGCCGCAAGAUUGAGAAGAUUUACAAGCAGUGGACCAAGGAACUGGCAAAACAUGACUUUGAAGGUGUGAAAUCAAGGAAGGUUGAAAAACUCCCUGUAAAUUCUGAAUGGAAAUCCUCAAGGAAAGAAAACAUCUGUGUGAAUAGUAAUGAGCAUAAUAUUAUGAGCAAGAAAAGCUUUGGACCUGGUGGAUUUUCAGUUAAAUAUUCUGUUGAUGACAAAAAGUUGCCUCCUUUUCGUACUGGAAAAUAUAUUCCCAAGGAUGAUGUUUAUUCCUGUGGCAAUUGUGUACCCAAUGAAAAAUCAUUGGCUUUGUCUGGGAAAUCUAAGGAAAGCUCAACAGAGAAAAUUGUGUCUGGUUUGAGUUCACCACCUCCAUUUAGAACAGGGAAAUACACGCCAAAUGAUAAUUCUAUCUAUGUGAAGAGCCCAGAAAAAUUGGAAACACCAUCUAGUUCUCCCUCUCAUGGUUCACCAACACACAGAGCAAGAAGGCCAUCUUCAGAGAAAAUUGUUGGAAAACAAAAUGGUUAUUUUGCCAGUGGACGAAAAUCACCAGGAUCACCCAGAAAUAGAACUCUAACAAAGUCUCCUGCCACAGAAGGAAAGAGAACUUCAUCACUUGAACAGAUAAGUCCAACCACUUCAAGUACUGGUUCAGCAAAACUGAGAUUAAAAAUCUCAAUAAGUCAGAGUGCGGAAAUAGUCGGCAGAAAUGCUUCAUCUCGCCCAAAAAGUUCUGCCAUGGAGAAUUAUGUGAAUUCAAGGACUAGAACCCGGAGUGAAAAUAUGCUGUCUAUCAAAUCUUCUCAGCGCCCUAAGAGUUCAGUUUUAGAAAACAGCACUCAUCGAUUCAAAUCAAUUGUACGAGAUAUUGACAUAGGAGCUACUGAAAAAUGUAAAGCGACUGUAAAAACUCAGAGCAGACCACGUAGUGCUGUUUUGGAUAACUCACUUUCUAGUCGUUUGCCUAUGAAGAUUGUAACAAGCACAAAAGGUCAAGCUUCUCUUGGAAGAAAUCUAGUGUUGGAUAGGUCCCCCAGUGGGGAAUCCAAGAGAUACCUCAGGAAGGGGUCAGAUUCUUCAGAGAGAGGGCAUCAGCGCUCUAAGACAACAACUUCAAUCAGCAGCAGCUGCAGUGAAAGAAGUUACAAUGCAGUGAGACUUAGAAAACCAAGGCGCAUGCUUCAUAGAAAUGCUGCCUAUGUCAAACCCAGAAAGAAUAAAAACUACAAGCCUGUGGAAAGGAAACAAGGCUCUCUUCAAAAGAAACCUCCCAGGUCCCCAAGAAAGGGAAAACUGGAAUCAGACAGAGUGGAUGGAUGUAUUGCUGAAAAACCAUCUGCUUCACAACAGUCAUUCGUGUUUUCUUUAUUCAUGGACAAGUUUUGCAUACGAACAAGAAAACUUAGGGAUGGUGGCCUGAAAAUCCCUACAAUCAAGAGAUAUCGUGUGAUGGUGUGGAAGAUAAAAAGGAUUUCAUACCUGCUCUACGAAAAGGUUACAUUUCUUAACCCAAUGGUGACAAAAAAGCCAAGACUUCAGCGGCAGAAGAAGUUGUUUCACAUUCAAAAAGCAGGCACAAACAAGGAUGUUUUCUUCACAGGGAAAAAUUUCCUGCGAGCUGGUCAAAUGAACACAAAUGUUGCAACAUGGGCAAGACUCCUGAAAAGGGCAGCUCCACCAAAUUGUUCAACAAACAAUUCAACAUUGAGCCCAAAUUCUACAUCAUCCUCAAGUGCCCAACAAGGUUCUCAAAUGCAAACACCUCCUAGACAACCAGACUUUGACAGUACCACCCCAGCCAAAGGGCAGAAAUCAGCAAACAGUGGUGAAAAACAAUCAAGCUCAAGCACUAAGAGUGCAGUCAAUGAAAAUGAAGUCCAGGAUGCUCUUUCAGCAUUUGGAUUCCUUGACAGCCCUCAAAGUCCACCAAGACCAAACAUACAGACAUCCCCACCAAAACCAAGCCCUCCUGUUAGGAGAAAACCUCCUUCACCUCCAACUAGUUCAACAAGUCAUAUGAACAUUGACAGCUUUCGCUGCAUUAGUGUGUUAGGUAGAGGACAUUUUGGAAAGGUUAUUUUAGCAGAAUACAGGAACACCAAUGAAUUGUUUGCAAUCAAGGCUCUGAAAAAGGGUGAUAUUAUCGCAAGAGAGGAAGUUGAAAGUCUAUUAUCAGAGAAAAGAAUUUUCUUGACAGCAAACAAGAUGAGGCAUCCAUUUCUAGUUAACUUAUUUGCCUGCUUUCAGACCCAUGAACAUGUGUGUUUUGUAAUGGAGUAUGCACCUGGAGGUGACCUUAUGAUGCACAUACAUGCAGAUGUCUUCUCAGAACCAAGGACAGUGUUUUACACAUCAUGUGUGGUGUUAGGAUUGCAGUAUCUCCACGAACACGAAAUAGUUUAUAGGGAUUUGAAGCUGGACAAUUUAUUACUGGAUUCUGAGGGUUACGUCAAGAUUGCGGAUUUUGGUUUAUGUAAAGAAGGAAUGGGUUUUGGAGCAAGAACAGGCACCUUCUGUGGAACCCCUGAGUUUUUAGCCCCUGAGGUUCUUACAGAAACUUCGUACACGCGAGCUGUUGACUGGUGGGGUCUUGGAGUGCUCAUAUUUGAAAUGCUGGUCGGAGAAUCACCGUUUCCAGGAGAUGAUGAAGAAGAAGUUUUCGACUCUAUUGUUAAUGAUGAAGUUCGAUAUCCAAGGUUCCUUUCAACAGAAGCCAUUGCUAUCAUGAGAAGGUUAUUGAGGCGCAAUCCCGAAAGACGGUUAGGAGCCAGUGAAAAAGAUGCAGAGGAUGUCAGGAAACAGCCAUUCUUUAGGGAUAUGAACUGGGAUGAUCUCCUCGCUCGAAAAGUUCGACCCCCGUUCGUUCCAAGUGUGAGACACGCGGAAGAUGUGAGUAACUUCGAUGAAGAGUUUACCUCAGAAGAACCUGUCUUGACACCUCCAAAGGAAGCCAGACCGUUGAGCAGUGAAGAGCAGGUAUUGUUCGCUGAUUUCAAUUACACGGCCGACUGGUGCUGAGAGCAUUCAAAAGCGAGCGAUUAUUUUAUAGAGUAGUUUAGCUAGUGACGGAUUUUCAUUUUUACAGUCCCCAGGAGCAGCAGCUCAGUUGUAAAGCAGUUUUAUGAAAGAGAAAAGUGCAAUGAUUUUAUUUUUAUCUUAACGGGCUUGUAUUUCCCCUUCAUCGUUUUCCUCAUCUCCGCCACGCUGAGCAGAUGGCGUAAAGUGUAGUUUGGGAUGUAAAUAUAUAUGUAACAUAAACGUUGUCGCCAAUCUUAACACUAAAUUCUGGCUGGUUUGGCUCUAUUUUUGAAGAAACAAUUGCGCGCGCUCUGAGAAAUAACAGAGAAGUCGCCUUAUUAUUCUUUGUAUCAUAACUUGAAAUUACUCGAAGAAUGUUCACAACUUUCGUGGGAUUUUGAUACAACAUUUCUCCUUUGAAUCUGUUGCUAAAGACUUAUAGCUUGUCUAGAAUGUUUAUAUUAUUAUUAUUUGUGGCGGGGAGAAUACCACCGAAUGAAGACAACGACUAACACAUUCCAUCUCGUGCACGAACCGAAAGUAAUAAAAUUUAACUUACUCCUUAAGUUUCUCAAUACUGUUGAUUUUCUGAAAUACAAGAUGGUCGUUAGUUUUUGUCCUCCUUUGGUGGAAGAGAACUGAAAUUAGAAAUGAUCUUACAAUUAAACUUGUACAUAAUAAGAAAAUUCUCUGCCAGGAGAUUGUAUAUCAUUUAUUUUACAGUAUCAAUUUGAAAUUAAACCUUGACGGAUUUGAGUUUAAUAGUCGGAAUAUUUGAUUUAUAUUACCAAUAAAGAGUCUACGGUUUGUUUUGACUUUCAUUUUAAAUCGACGUGAGGGAUGCUGCAUUCAGUAUGUGGCGCGUUUAGAUAAUAAAUUCUUGUGAACCCUUUGAA